GAACUGGGAUGGAUGUGGCCAUGGGUCAACGUUGUUGGGCUUAGCUGGCGACUAUGACGGAUGGCUUUAACAGCUUGCAGCAGACCUCGACGAUGGCCGAGCUGAAAGGUAAAGCGAAAAUAGGCGAGCUCGCGAGCCUGAAAGCGUGUAGGCAAGCUGGUAUCCAUAGCCACAUUAGUGUGGGCUUGUUACGGCGGCAAGUUGAAACGCUCCAGCUUGAAGAACAGUACGCCGAAUCAACUUCGCAUCAUUUUCAGGAUGUGCCGGAAACAAUGGCGUCUGAGAGCAGCACCAGUUCCAGCGCUAGCGACAACGGUGGCAACCACCCUAGUGCGCCGUCGAGCAGCUCGUCCUCCAAGGGGACACCAGGUCGCGAGGAGGGGGUAGGGAAUGUAGUGAGCCAUGUCUCAGAUCGGCCUGUAAUGGGAGAAUGGGAAAGCAAAACCAUCACGGGCAGGUUGAGCAAUUUGCGAAAGGCGCCCAAGGACCUGCCCACUGGAUUUAGGUUCCGGCCCGCCCUACAUCAUGAAGUAGCGGAUUGUGCGCCCUCAAUAAGUGGGUAUAGGAGAUUGGAGGAGAUGGUGAGAGCGCACCACAUCCCCAGAACGAUCUUGCUUCGAACUGGAGCCAAAAGCGAGAAGGCGUGCACGGUAUCACAGACAGGUUGGAUACCCGUGUACGUGGAUCACUUUGAGGCCGGCCUGCGAUUCCCCCUACCCGGCUUGGUAUUCGACAUGCUGGCAAACUACGAGCUCGCUCUGACGCAGCUGACGCCCAACAACAUAAGGUUCAUAAUAGGCUUUAUGCUGUUGUGUGCGAGGUUGGAGGUACCGGCCAAGGCGAUCGUGUUCAAGUUGCUGUUUCAAUGCCGGCUGUGUCCCAACUCCCGAGGCGUGAAGUGGUACUACCUUUCUGGGAGAGACAAGAGCCAGUUGUUCAAGAAUGUCCGGAACAAAGUGGCGAGGUGGAAGAGGCAAUUCAUAUUUGUUCGCGACACGCGAACAGAGAGGAUAAGCAACGACCUCGCUGCUCUGUUGUCUAAGUGGCGUGUGCCCAAUGCACACCAUCUUGCCGUGUUCGGGUUUGUCGACGUGGCAAACCUGUUCAUAGAAGGUAUACUUUCAUUAGAUAGUACUAAUUCUAGCCGGGCUGAGUCUUAUGCGUUUUUUUGUGUAGGAGAAAUGAGUAGCAUCUUGGAACGCCAACGACAGCGAGCCCAAGGCUCACGAGGUUGCGCGUCGGGCAGCGCACAACCCAGGCAAACACGGUUUGACGAGCGGCCACCCCCAGUGCCUCAAUCAUGCUGCUCGUCACACCGGGGAUCUAGCUCGGCGUCAAGGCCACGAGCAGAGCACAGAGCUGAGGUUGCAGCUUCGAGUGCACGUAGACGUGCACGCGAGGAGACAGAGAGCGAGGAAGAUGAGGUCCCACUUGCUCGGCGCAGAAUAAGUGGGGGGACUCAGCCCGCGCAGGCGGCCCGUCCUGCAACCGUACAUUCACCGAACGCACCCUAUGUGCGGGCGGAGUGCCAGCACGCCAUGGUGCAAGGCAUGCACAGCUUUGUGCCCCCCGUGGAUAGUAAGCGAGCAAAAGCUUUUGUGCAGCAGCAUGGCGGGCAGGUACUUACGAGUGUUGCUAUUUGGCAAGCAUUCAGCUACGCUGUAGCGCUGUACGAGAGCGAGCAGGGGGCUUGUAUAGAGAACAACAAGCUCGAGAGCCAGGCGGAUGGGCUCACCAACAGAAAUAACGAGCUCAGGGAGGAGCUGGAGCGCGCCCGUGUUGAACGGGAGAGCGGGAUCCAGGCAGCCAAGGAGGAAGCCGCCCGGGUCGCCGAGGCCGACCGGAACCUCACUGCUGCCGGGGAGGCACUAAACGAGUUGAAGGCUUCCCAUGCACGCUCUGUCAGCAUCGCUCGAGCUCAGGGGGCGGAAUGGUUCUUGGGUUCAGCUACGUUUCAGGACGCCGUGGCGGUGGCGUCUGCAAAUGUAACCACGGAGAUCUACAACGAGAUUCGUGGGAAGGUGCUACAACACCGCCCGGACUUCCCGAUCGGCGAGUUGACGUUCUUCGACGGGGAGGACUUGGACGAGCAGGGGAAGAGUCUUGCUCCCCUUGUGGACGCAACGGUGCGGUUGAGGUGGGACCUCAACGAGGAGGGAGUGCCUGGUGCUCCUGUAGCUGAGCAGGAGCCUUCAAGCACCCCGCCCAACUCUCAGCCCGCUGUGGUGCCAGCCAGCUCGCCCGUCAACGCACCAGCCUUUGAGCCCGCAACCCAGUCUCCUUCAGCUUGCUCUCCUGUAGCUGUUGCUGAUGCAUCUAUGCCCGUCGAUCUGACGGAUGACUAGACUUAGGGUUUUUUCUUUUGAUCUUUUGUAUUUCGCUUUUGCAUUUUUGUAUCUGAUCAAUGGAUUCAUUUCAUAUGCACCUUUAAUGUAAACAUCUUUGAUGAAAUACAAAAAUGAGUUUUUC